AUGCCGUCCUCGUAUCCUGGGUUCAAUCGCCCAAGGAGGUCUACCAAGUCUUCCGCUGCUUCUGUCAUCUCGACGAGCUCGAAGACAUCCAAACCUUCAGUCGAGAAAUCCAGGAAAGAUAUUCCUCCACCUCCGCCUCCACCACCCGCGCCGCCGAGCGUAGAACCGAGCGGCUCUGGAUAUACUCCCAAGGCGCAACCGGCGCCAGCAACUGCACCCGCUCCAAAGAGCAAAGAAAGCAAAGAGAAUGCGCUGAACGUGUUUGAAUUCCUUCAGUCCGACUCGGAAACAGACAGCGAUUCAGACUCGGAUCUUACCUCGUCCGAUGACGAUGACCUGCGCCCUCCAUUCCCACCUAGCUCCAGCUCUAAACCCAAAGCUUCUGCUCCCCGCCAACCAAACACGGCUGUUCCCGUGCAGAACCGUCCAAGACCCUCAUCUGCCAAACCAAAGGAGACACAGCCGCCCGGCUUGUUCAAUACGUCCCCGGCCACAGCGCCGCCACUGCAUCUCGCCAAGCAGCCACCGGCUCAUCGACGACCGUCCACUGAUGCAUCAAUCAGCGUCGCGGGGUCGUAUGAUGGCUCGCUACCUCCAGAGCAUAGAAACUUGGAACUAGUCCCGGAGGAUUAUUACCAGAAGGCCUCUACUUCUCUCCGUCGAGCGUCCUUCCCGCCAUCUCCUCCGCAAAGCCCAGAGGAAGACCUACAUCGCUCUGGCCGGAAGAUUAGGCGGAGCACAAAAUCUUCACGCCUUCCCACCGGGUAUGGCCUCAUAGCAUGGCGGCUGAGUUCAACCGCGGAGGGGAAAGAGUAUAGUAUACCGCCCCUCUACCGACGCUUCGAAGACGUCAACCAUCGAGUCCUGCUAUACCUACAGGAUGAAAUCGCCCACCUGGAAGAAGAGCUGCGGGUGCUGGACGACUAUGAAGAAAUGCAGCGCCGAGGAGCCGCCGAACAGGAGGGCACAAAGGUGAUGCCUGCGUCUCGACGCAUGGACGUCCAAGCUCAGGCCUAUUCGUCCCUCCAUUACCGCCGCGAGGAGGUAAUGGGCACAUUGAUCCAGAAAACAGAGCAAUAUAACAAUGCUCUCGCAGCCUACAGCAAAGUCCUUCAAACUCUCCCGCGCGCCAGUGAAACAGACGUAGACACCUACCGCAAAUGGAUGAAAGGAAACGUCCCCGUCGCACCCCACGAAAUGCGUUUCCUCGACCACCGCAAGGAUCUCGUCUCGCUGACUCCGGGAAAGAAAUCUGAGCCCUCAUCGGAAACACCACCCGUCUACUCUGCCAUCAUCAUCGCCUCGGCUGCAAUCAUCCUACCACUCCUGGCAUUUAGCAUGAUCGCCGAAUUCGCUGGCCGAAUUCUGGUUGUCGCCGUCGUCGGUGGUGCUUCGGCGGCCGUUGCAGCGAAUUACUCGACGGGGGCUGAACAUCUUGUCAAGUCGCAGGAUGGGUGGCGGUGUGCUGGAUUAUACUUUGGCUUCAUGGCCGUAGCUGCGCUAUGCAUUUAG